AUGUCCGCCGAAGGUGUUACCCACAAGGAGAAUGAGGUCGAUGUCUUGAUCAUUGGAGCUGGGCCGGCUGGAUAUAUGGCAGAACUAUGGUUCGCUCGACUAGGAGUAAACACAAGAAUUAUUGACAAAAGAUCCGCUAGGAUAUUCACCGGCCAGGCUGAUGGGCUACAGCCACGGGUCCUAGAGGUCUUCGAAACCUUUGGCUUCGCCGAUCGAGCGUUGAAGGAGGUAGCAGUCGGCUUUGAGGCCUGCUACUAUAAUCCGGAUGAGAAUGGGCACAUUCGUCAUGUGGAGACCGUUCCCGAAGGCAUCCCAGGCAUAUCUAGGUUCAAUGGAUCUAUCGUCCACCAAGGCCGGAUUGAAACUUGGUUGAUGGAUGCUAUUACGGAGUUUUCUGGUGGGAGAACCAAAGUUGAACGGCCGAUACAGCCGGAAUCACUGGAGUUUAACCCUGGUGGUGGAGAAUACCCGACCAGUUUGGGCAUACCGUGCAGAAUGGGCCGUACCGACAGUUCGAAGGUGACCAAGAAACAACACCGUCAUCACUACCGGGGGAGAGUCGAGAGGUCGUGCGGGCCAAAUACGUGCUGGGCUGCGAUGGGGCACACUCCUGGGUUGAAACAGCUCGGAAUCGAGAAUGAAGGCGAAACAACGGAUUUUGUCUGGGGAGUCCUGGAUAUGGUCCCCACCACAGAUUUCCCAGACAUCCGUAAGCGGUGCUCUAUCCACUCGAAGAACAACGGCAGCAUCAUGAUCAUCCCGCGGGAGAACCAACUUGUUCGACUUUAUAUUCAACUACGUGAGCUGGCCCAUAAUGGAGAAAUGGACGAGGACAACGUAUCCCCAGAUCACGACAAGACGAAGACCCGUCACGUGGACCGUAACAAGGUCACGGCCAAGCAGAUCCUGGACUCGGCAAGGAAGAUAUUGAGUCCUUAUACCCUGGACGCAGCCGAAAUUCACUGGUUUAUGGCCUACCAGGUUGGGCAGCGCGUGGCCUCAGCGUUCGAGAAGCAAGAGCGUGUUUUUAUCGCAGGGGAUGCAUGCCAUACACACUCGCCCAAGGCCGGACAGGGAAUGAAUGUGUCCAUGAUGGGCGAAAUCUCCACCCAGGAGUUCCGUCGUGUCAUAGAACAAGGAGCUGCUUUCACGACAGGUUGUACAGUGAACUACGAUCGGUCUAUUCUCAUGGAUAAACCCACUGAUAAAUCUCGCGAGACGCCCUAUCACAGCUCCCUGGCGAGCCGGCUGAGCAUUGGUAUGCGGGUUCCAGACGUAAAACUCGUCAUGGAGUCUGAUGGACGGCCAUGGUUCUUCAACCAGCGUCUCCUCUCAACAGGACAAUUCCGGGUCGUUGUCUUUAUCGGUGAUUAUACUAGGCGGUUGGGAUCAUGCUGGCACUCUAUAGUUGAACUACUUCUCAUCCACGCAAGUCCACAGGUCAAUGUAGAGUGGGAUGAUUUCCCCUCAGUCUUCCGUCAGCGCGACGAUCGUGGUGUAGUGGAUUACUGGAAAAUCCUGGCUGAUAGACCUUGCUUCCAUGACGAGACGGGUCAUGUCUACGAGCAAUAUGGGAUCGAUAAAGAGGUCGGAGCUAUUGUUGUCCUAAGACCAGACGGGUAUGUUGCGAAGGUGGCAGAGCCUACUAUC